AUGGAAGAUAACAACUAUAAUAAUCCUAAGACAAUUAUUAUCUCAGAGGAUAUAGUUGAAGAGAUCUUUUACCAUCUUCCAAUAAAAUCACUCGUUAGAUUCAAAGUCUUGUCGAAAAAAUGGAGAUCGAUGAUUGAAUCAACCUAUUUUUCCCACAAGCGACUCGUUCGUACAGGAUUACCAACCCCUAAUGUGAAACUUCUAGUUGUUAGCCAACAAUUGUCAGCCAAGUUUGAUAAACAAGAUUCAGACUCAACAACUUUGUGUUUCGAUACUUUUUCUAGAUAUGAUGAUCACAACAAUGGAAAAUAUUGUCCUUCUUCUUCUAGUUACUACACUUUUCCUGAUGAUCUAAUCGACAAAUCACAAAAGAAAACUAUUCAAGUCUUGGGGUCUUGUGACGGAUUGGUCUUGAUUCGUAUCUACGACAAUUUUAGGUACAUUUACUUGAUCAAUCCAACGACUAAAGAACACACGAAACUUUCUCCGGCGUUUUUGCAAUGGCCAUUUAAUCUUAACUUCAUAUAUAGUACAAUGGUCGAUGGACCAUGGAGAGAACUUUCUCAAUCAGUCAUACAUUAUGAAGGUGAAUUAGUGAACAUAAUGCCGUUUCUUGCUGGAUUUGGCAAAGAUAUUGUUACAAAAUCUUAUAAGGUGGUUUUGAUUUAUUCAAGAUCUAGAGAUUAUGAUUCUGGUUGUUUCAAGGCCAAUGUCAUAUCCUUUGAUAGCGGUAAGCAAAGCGACACAGGCUUUUAUAGUAUAAAGAGUAGUUUCAGCAAAGAGCAAUCAUCAGUCUACGCAAACGGAUCCCUCUUUUGGUUGACAAUACAAUAUAUAGACGGAACAUUUGAAAUGCUACUACUAGCUAUCGAUCUUCAUACCGAAAAAUUUCGAUGGAUAAUGUUACCAAAGUGUUACACCAAUUAUACUAUGCCUACUAGUAUAGAAAUGUGGAAUCUCAAUGAUCGUUUGUGCAUAUCGGAUGUGCUAAAGGGUUCAAAUUUGGGCGUUUGGAGUUUACAACAAGAAUAUCCUCCUGAGGAGAAAUGGGAGAUAAUAUAUUCUAUUAGUUUUAUAAGUACCAGCCAGUUACAUGAAAAGUAUUGGAUGCUUGGUCUAGCGGCUGCCUAUUUUGGAAGUGUUAGAAAGAAUCGAUAUCAAGUUUCUUUGGCUAGACAAAGAACAAUUUUCUUUUCACCAACACUGAUUUCUCCUGCAAGUUUGAUGCUUUGAUGUUGUUUUGACUUUCACUUGGUCAAAUCAAAAUUGUUAAGUUUUUAACAAUAUCUUUUAUCCUAUAAAGCACAAGUCAUUGUGCCAAU